GUAGGCUACGCAGCUAACAUUUGUUAAGUUUAAAAGGCUUGAUGUCUGUGGUUUUUCAGCUCGGCUAAAGUAUGCAUAACAAUAUUCACAUCUCGAUAGCAAUUUAAACAUCUCUCUCUCUCGCACUCUCUGUGUACGCACGUUGGAGCGAUCUCUACCGGAGGAGACUCUGUAUUCCAGAGAUUGUUAUCCUAAUUUAAUUUUCCAUAUGUUUGAACGAUGCUCUUCUUGGGAUGUGCAUUCCCUCUGCUUGUCAGCAUAUUCUCCCAACUGACCUGCCUCUACACACGAUCUGCCAGCGUUUUCUCGUGGUGGGCACUCGCCAGAUAGAACUGUGCUUGCUCUCAGCGUUGCGAGGAGGUGAAUCAAUUUGAGGAAGAGAGAGCAGGAGAGAGAGAGAGAAAGAGAGAGGGCGGGUUGGCGAGGAAGAGCAAGGGAGAAGGAGAGAGACAGGGGAGAGAACACAUCGACUCCACGCCGCUGCCGUUUUGGGAUAUAUUUCUGGGGGUAAAAGCUCUGUACAGCAGUGAGCACCGUGUGGAAAGAAAGAAAGGACGAGGGAGGAAGAAAGAAAGAGAGAGAGAGAGAGAGAGCUCAGGCCGUACCCCAGUCCAGCCCAGUCCACUGACUCUAGUGAUGGAGCUGCCCCAUUUCCCGAGCCACCGAGUCAGGAGCCGAACACACCGCGCAGCCCCUGCCGACGCCAUGGGGACACGCAAGAUGUAACCCACACACUUUCGACGACCCACUCGGAUCCACUCAAGAGAGGAGCGGCUCAAGUUAACGAAUGUGCUGAGAAGAUAACAGUGGAAGACUUAAAAAAGAAGACAGAACAGAUGGUAAUACUUUUGGUGAAAAAAUGAAACAUUAAAGAAGGAUCUAUCUUCGGACUCCUCGAAGAUUGCCAGAAUCCCUCUCACGGAAUUUUCCAGCACCCUUCGAAAACGGGCAGGGUCAUGACCCAGUUGCCAUGCGCAUCACCACGGUGACCGGCCUUUCCAGCCCCUCCCCCCUUCUCCUACUGGCCCAGCUGCUUUUGUGGCUCCUCCCCUUCCGCACGGACACAGUAGGGGCCGCCUCCACAAACUGUCCCACCCCUUGCCAAUGCUCCAAUCAGGCGAGUCGAGUGAUCUGUACCAGGAGGAACCUGGCUGAUGUGCCAGACAGUAUAUCAGUGAACACGCGAUACCUCAACCUGCAGGAGAACUCGAUAAAGGUGAUCAAAUCAGAGACGUUCAAGAACCUACGGCACCUGGAGAUCCUCCAGCUCUCUAAAAACCAGAUCAGCCAGAUCGAAGUGGGCGCCUUCAAUGGCCUCCCCAACCUCAACACGCUGGAGCUGUUCGACAACAAGCUCACCCAGGUGCCGUCGGCGGCCUUCGAGUACCUCAGCAAGCUCCGCGAGCUCUGGCUCCGCAACAACCCCAUCGAGACGCUGCCGGCGUACGUCUUUAACCGGGUGCCGUCGCUGCGGCGCCUCGAUCUGGGCGAGCUCAAGAAGCUCGAGCACAUCUCUGAGGCGGCCUUCGUGGGCCUGGACAACCUGCGCUACCUAAACCUCGGCAUGUGCGGCCUGAAGGACAUCCCCAACCUGACGCCACUCGGCCGGCUCGAGGAGCUGGAGCUGUCGGGCAACCGGCUGGAGAUCGUGCGGCCCGGCUCCUUCCAGGGCCUGGUGUCGCUGCGCAAGCUGUGGCUCAUGCACUCGCAGAUGUCGGUGAUCGAGCGCAACGCCUUCGACGACCUGAAGAACCUGGAGGAGCUCAACCUGUCGCACAACUCGCUUCACUCCCUGCCGCACGACCUGUUCACGCCGCUGCCCAAGCUGGAGCGCGUGCACCUCAACCACAACCCGUGGGUGUGCAACUGCGAUGUGCUAUGGCUCAGCUGGUGGCUCAAGGAGACGGUGCCCAGCAACACCACCUGCUGUGCCCGCUGCCACGCUCCGCCUGGCCUGCGGGGGCGCUACAUUGGCGAGCUGGACCAGAGCCACUUCACGUGCUACGCGCCGGUCAUCGUGGAGCCGCCGACCGACCUGAACGUGACGGAGGGCAUGGCGGCCGAGCUCAAGUGCCGCACCAGCACGUCCAUGACGUCGGUCAACUGGUUCAUGCCCAACGGCACGCUCAUGACGCACGGCUCGUACCGAGUGCGUAUCUCGGUGCUCCACGACGGCACGCUCAACUUCACCAACGUGACGCUGCGCGACACGGGGCCGUACACGUGCGUGGUGAGCAACACAGCGGGCAACACCACCGCCACGGCCAUGCUUAACGUAACGGCCGCGCCCAGCGACAACUACACCUACUUCACCACCGUCACCGUGGAGACAGUGGACAGUAACGAGGAGGACCUGGUCAACUCGUCAGGCUCACCGGCGCUGCGCACCCACAACCAGACCAUCAUCCGCAUCCCGGGGCCCACGCCCUCCUGGAGCCUGGUGCCCACCACCGCCUCUUCGCUCUCCUGGUCGGCGUCGUCCACGCGCGGCGCCUUCACCGUGCCCGUCACUAUGGACCCCACGUACUCGAGCUUGGAAGACGUCAUGAAGACCACCAAGAUCAUCAUCGGCUGCUUCGUGGCCAUCACCUUCAUGGCGGCCGUCAUGCUGGUGGUCUUCUACAAGCUGCGCAAGCAGCACCAGCUGCACAAGCACCACGGCCCUGCGCGCGCCAUCGAGAUCAUCAACGUGGAAGACGAGCUGGGCGCCAGUGCUGGUGUGCGGGGCAGCGGCAUCUCCGGUGGCUCCACCAUGACCCAGGGUUCCGGCGGCGGCAGUGGGACCUGCGGAGGAGGAGGAGGUGGAGGAGGAGGCGGCAGCUGCGGUGGCGGCAGUGGUCUAGGAAUAGGAGGAAGCCAGAGCCUGCGGCUACAUCACCCGGAAAUCGUCAACCUGCCCAACCUGGCGCGUGCCGAGCACCUCAACCACUACUACAAGGCGCACCACUUCAACAACAACAUGCUGGGCCUGGGCAGCAUGGGCACCGGCGUGGGCCUUAACAACAACAACAACCCCUCGCCCUGCUCCCAGGGGAUGGCCACGUCGGUGCCCAGCUCCGGCGCCAUCUCCUGCUCACCGAUGCCCGUGUCGGUGGGCAGCGGCACGGGCACGCUGGGCUCGCUGCCCACGCCGGUGCCCCUGCCCCAGCUGAGCAUCCACGGCUCGCUCAAGGGCCUGAUGGGGAAAGGGCAAAACUCUCAGAUCGAGCCCCUGCUCUUCAAGAGUGGCUCCAAGGAGAAUGUGCAAGAGACUCAGAUCUGAGACCCAAAAAAAAAAAAACAGCAGAAAGAAAAAGAGAAGGAGAAAGAGAGAGAUAGAAAGAGAGAGAUAGAAAGAGAGAGAGGGUGGGAAAGGGCAGAGAGACAGUCAGGGAAACACAAAGGUAAGGUUUUUUUUUUUUUUUUUUUGAUCGGCUUGAGCUCUUGACCCCCCAUGGGUAGGUUUGAAAAGGCAGUAAACGCGAGUGGCCAUGGCUGUGUACAGACGGGAGUUAGACACUGUUGUGAGUGGUCACGAACACUCUCUCCGAGUGUCAGAGAGAAAGAGGGAGAGAGAGGGAAAGGUCAGUGACAUACACAGUAUCAGGAAUGGCACUCGCAGCCUAGCCCUACUCCACACACAAAUACUGUACACACACACACACACACACACACACACACACACAUAUACAAAAGUGAUGCCAUCAGCAGCAACAGGUAUACACAAUGUUAUCACACACACACACACACACACACACACACACACAAAAAAAACACAAGAAGACACAGACACAGACACACACACACACACACAACAGAUACACAGCACAGUAAUAACCAGCACAUGGACAAAUGUACGACGACACUGACAAUGACGUGCCAAACUCACACCGACCUGUGCCAAAGUGCAGCUGUUGCAGCGCCAUACACCACCAACCAGUGGCAGGCAUUCAGUAGGUGCUGUAUAGUGAAGAGCAGAGCUUCUGCAGAUUCUGUAUAGACCAUUGCCAUGGAUGUAAACAACAUUUGCUAAUCCAGACGAAAAGGUCAUUGAGUUAGAUUCAGAUGAAGCCCAUGAAACUGGGAGCCUUGAAGUAUUUGUACAGAUGUGGCAGAGCUUUACUGAGUCGAAGCAUAUUUAGCUGUAACAGAGUUGGUUUUUUUAUUUUAUUUUAUUUACACAAAGUAAGGCAUAUCAGUGUUUUUGCAAGGCUUUAUUUUCUUGAGAGAAACAGUUGAAUGAAGUCCAAAACAACAGGACGGAUGCAGAACUGUUGUGCCACUCACAAUGCUAUGCCGUUUUGGAGAUGUCGGAAGGAGGGAGGAUUUGUUUUUGGAGUUGUUUAAGUAAACGGACACGCUCAACCUUUCUCUCCUCCUAAACACCUCCAGUGGUGCUUUGUAGGAGUGAGAGGGAUCAACCCUCCCCCCAAUCCCCCACCCCACCCCCACGCUCCCUCCUUCAAUCGAAACAUCAAGGGACAAGAGGAAGGGCAACAGAGACCAUGGGAUAUAUUUAAAAACAAUGAAAAUUAUAUAUAUAAAAAAUAACAAUUGCAUAACUGUGAAAUUUCACAAUAUAUAAAUAUAUUUUCAUUCAAAGAAAUAGAUAACAAGAAAUCUUUAACAAUUUUGAGACUGGAAGCCAAGGCUUUUGAGAAGUAUAGAGCUGCUGUUGUAGCGUUUAUCACUAUGAUGAACCUUUACUCUGGCUUAAAAAAAACUCACAUAGAAAAAAGAUGACCACAUUUUCUCCUUUUUUCUGUGAAAUUGGGCCAUAGUGGACAGCUGGAAGGGAAACCAUGAACUCUGGGAAAUUGUGUUCGAAUAAAAUGUUAGUUUGUUUUUUG